AUGGUCAUAGUUAACUCUGUAAGCACAAUAACGGACUUGGAUCAAGUUGAUAUAGCUAACCGUAUAAGUUGUGAUAUACAGGACCUAACAAAGUGCAUUAGUAUUGGUAAAACGGAUCUUACCAUAUUAUGUCAAAACAUUAGAAGUAUUUAUCGUAACAUUGAUAGCCUCCAAGCUACCCUAUCACUUCUCAAAUUUGAAGUAGACGUCUUAGUUUUAACAGAAUGCAGACUAGAUAAAUCAAAGCCAAUUCCACAGAUCCCUAAUUACUCGUAUACAGCUUUAGAAACAACGUACAACAUUAACCAGAAUGAUGGUGUAGUGAUUUAUGCUAAAUCUCACCUAAAUCUUGAAUUUAUGGAAAUUAAACUCAAAGAUGCCUCUUGCAUACAACUAAGAAUUCUCGAUCUGACAAUAUUGGGCAUUUAUCGUUCACCUUCAUACUCAAACGCAUCUGAAUUUAUUGAGUCCUUGAGUGCACACCUUGGAAACAUAAAAUCUUAUCGUAACAUAGUCAUCUCUGGAGACAUCAACAUCCACCUCAUUCAGUGCAGGAACGAACAAACUACGACGAACGAGCAAUAA